CUCAGAGAAAUUCUGUCGAUUGCUUGACGACCUGAGAGCAGUCAAAGGUAGACCGACGACCAUGAGCUCCAAUCACGAAGAUGAGGACGACGAUGGCAUCAAUGCCAUGCGAGCGAGGUUGCAAGAGAUGGAAGCAGAGCGAGCAAAGAUUAUGGAGAUGACCAAAGCAUCCCAUUCAGCUGCACCCGUCGCCGGUUCACCCGCUGUUGCGCCAGCUCAGACGUCUCAAGGACAGGCGACUGAAGACGAGACGGGCGAUGCCAGCAUGACCGAGGAAGAGCGUGAGGCUAUCGAUUCGAGGAGUAUCUACGUCGGCAAUGUCGACUACGGUGCAACACCCGAAGAACUACAACAGCUCUUCAAAGACUGUGGCACCAUCAAUCGAGUGACGAUCCUGUGCGACAAAUUCACAAGGCACCCCAAAGGGUUCGCAUAUGUCGAGUUCUCAGAGCCAACAUUCGUAGCCAAUGCCAUCUCAAUGAACGAAACGCUCUUCCGUGGUCGCAUGAUCCUCGUCAAAGCGAAACGGACCAACGUGCCCGGCAUGUCUGCGCGAGGCAGGGGACGCGGCCGCGCGAGAGGCUAUCGGGGCGGUGGUCGGGGAGGCUACUACGGCUAUGACCCGUAUUAUCGGCCGAGAGGGCGAGGAAGGGGCCGAGGAGCAGCAUUCUGAGAGAGACUCAUCCUCAUAAAAGAUCAGAGUUUGCUUGUACAAUGUAUCAUCUCAGCCCGCUCAGCUCGCCAUCAGACCUGACCGUCUCGACAGUGAGAAAGGAGAAAGCGAGCGCACGACAGAGCGAGCUCAGGGCAUGCUGCAUUC